CUUUGCUAUAAGCCAAGCAACUUAAUCGCUCUAAAACCAUUCAUGUUUCUGCGUCCAUGUGACUGCGUGCAAAGACGAGUCAAGAAGCUUAGCUGGGACUAUACCAUCUGCUGGGGCAAUUCACUCACUUCUGUGAGCUUCGUCUACAGGGCAGCUAUCCUGGGAAUUACAAGGAUGAGUGCCCUCGACGGUGUCCCUUUCAAGGUGUCCAAGGGCUUUGUGAUAAGCACAGAGCUUCUGCCUGGGCCAGAACUCAGUGUCCCAGCCUGCAGGGAGCUUCUGCUGGGUUCUAUGCACGACUUCAGCCUGGAGAGGAGGACUCUCUUCUGGGUGGAGGCUGUCGUUCGGGGACCCUGCCAGGUCCAAUGCGAUGGCCCCAGGACAGCUUCAGCCCCUCCUGCCUGGUACUUGCUGGUUAGCCCGGAAUACCCGCCGGUGCCUGCGCCGGCCCCAGCCAAAGUCCCCGAGGCUGGACCCCAGGAGCAGCUGGAGGAGAAGGGAGAAGAAGAGGAAGAAGCCUCCCCUGCCAGAGAGGGAAAGCCGGAUCCUUGCAGCCCCCAGGCCAGCGCUCCUGCGAGCCCCAACUCAGGCCGUCACCGGUCCUCACUGGACUUACUGCGCGGCGUGAGGUUGGAGUUGGCGGGUGCCCGGCGGAAACUCUCGGAGGGCAGGAUGGCCUCCCGCCCCCGCGCCCUCCUGCAGCGCAUCCGCCACCGGGCGCUGAGCCUCUGCCCCAGCCCCGAGCCUCCCCAGGGCCCCGUGCCCCCGCUCCCCAGUGCACCCACGCCGCCUCCGCGGCCCUCCACGGCCGGUGCCAUGCCCCCGCUGCGGAGCCACAAGCCCACGGUCGCGUCCCUCAGCCCAUACACCUGCCUGCCACCUCUUGGGCGGGAGCCCCGGCCUCUGGUCGCCCACAUUCAUCCAGAUUCAGCUGACCUGCUGUCUGCCCUCAGCCAGGAGGAGCAAGACCUCAUUGGGCCAGUGGUGGCCCUGGGGUACCCUCUGCACAGGGCCAUCGUGGCUCUGCAGAAGACGGGGCGGCAGAGCCUGAGCCAGUUUCUUGGCUACCUUAGUGCCUGUGACCGGCUGCUGCGGCAGGGCUACGAGGAGGGCCUGGUGGAGGAGGCCAUGGAGAUGUUCCAGUUCUCUGAGAGCCAGGCCGGGGAGUUCCUUCGCCUCUGGGAACAGUUCAGCGACAUGGGCUUCCAGCAGGACCGGAUCAAGGAGGUGCUGCUGGUCCAUGGCAACCACCGGGAGCAAGCCCUGGAGGAGCUGGUGGCCUUCGCCCAGUGACCACUGGGGCACUCUGCAGUGCCUGGGCAACCCAGCCCUGUGCUAAACCCAGCAAUCCAUUCUAACUAUGGACGAAAUAAGAAUGACAAAGCGAUGCAUAUUCAUUACAAAAUGCAAACAGUGCCCAGGGUGGGAGCAAAUACUAUAGAAGGAGGCAACACUUGGCACCUCAGGUUUUCAACUAGACCAGUCAACAAGAGAAAACCAGCUUACUGUCACACGUAGCACACGUCAUGUGGGGAGAACCUCAGGGAAAAGUAGCUCAAAGCAGCAGUUUUGAAUGGUUUAUGUAGCAUCGACAAAAAACAAACUUGUAGAGAGAUAACAGGAUACAGAACAUUGGUUUUAGGCUUCCGAGAAUGGCAAGUUCUUGGAAGGUAAACAUGGGAGGGAACUAACGGAGUAAGGUUCCUUUGCAGAUUCAUUCCCCUGGUGCAUCGCUGGGAGGAUAAGAAUCUGUCUCAAGGAAAGGGAGACAUUUGCUGCUUCUUCAUUGCUUUCAGCUCGAAAUAAUCUUCAUGUCAAAGAGGCAUACUUUGGGGUAAGGUUCUGGUCUCUUUCAAUACCAAAAGAAUCAGCUAAAGCAGUAGCCUGUGGAGAGAGAGGCGCAGACAGGAGGGCGUGGACAAGAAGCAGUGUUUUCUCGUGCAAGCCUUGUAAACCCUACCUUUGUCUGACUGUCAAAACUGUGUGCAUUAGCACCUUUGCUUUUGAGAAGAUUAAAACAAAGAAGGAAUGAUGGGCAAUUCUUCGGGGUCCUCUGGACACCUGGUCUGGUUGUGGAAGGGACACCUAACUGCAGGGCCCGAGACCCUGACUUUGGGUCUGCUGAUGACUGGCUCCACUUCCCCAGGAUAAACAGAGACCAGACCUGGCUGCCGGUCACAAGAACCCCCGGGGAGUGUGGUUAACAGUCGCAGGUCCCACUUCUGGGUAAUCUGACUCAGAAAGUUCAGCUCGGUGGGCCCUAGAGAUCUGUUUUGUUUUUAUAAGAAGCUCUCUGGGGAUUUUUUUUUUAUCUUUUUUUUUUUUAGUUGCUCUUUGUCAUUGUUGAUUGCCUUCACUCAUUUCUCCCAGCCCCUGCCACCUCCUAGCCCCACCUCUGGCAGCUGCUAGUCUGUUAUCUGUGUCUAUGAGUUUGGUUUUUUAUUUUUAGAUCCCGCAUAUGAAAUCAUACAGUAUUUAUCUUUCUCUGACUACCAUUUCAUUUAGC